UGCUGUGCAGAUCCAACAUGGCGGCCCCGUUGGAGGUAGUGGUGAGCAGUGACUCGAGUUCACAGCUGUGGAACUGCACCGUAUUCGACCUGCACAGCGGCUCCAGCCUGCUGUCGUACCGUGGGGGUAACAGCUCAGCCCGGACACUGACGGUGCUCAACGGGGAGUACCUCCUGUCCGCGCAGCUCGGCAAGAACUUCAUCAACGUGUGGGAAAUCCAGAGAAAGGAUCAGCUUCAGCAGAAGAUCGUGUGUCCAGGUGUGGUCACCUGUCUGACCGCUUCACCAAACGGACUUUUCCUUGCCACAGGUGUCGCAGAGGCAAUUUACCUAUGGGAGGUGUCUACAGGGAAGCUACUGUCCGUGCUGAGUCGGCACUAUCAGGACGUCACCUGUGUAAAGUUUACAGAUGACAGCAGUCACUUUGUCUCCGGAGGAAGAGAUAACCUGGCUUUAGUGUGGAGUUUAUCCAGUGUGAUUCAGCUGGAUUCGAACCAUGUGCCCGAGCCUCGACAUGUGCUCUCCCGUCACUCUCUGCCAAUCACAGACCUGCACUGCGGCCUCAUGGGACCUCAGGCACGAGUGGCGACCGCCUCCUUAGACCAGACUGUGAAGGUGUGGGAGCUGUCCUCGGGUGAGAUGCUGCUGUCCAUCCUGUUCGAUGUUGCCAUCAUGUCUGUGACCCUUGACCCCUCAGAGUAUUUCUUGUUCUGCGGUGGUAGUGACGGCAACAUUUUCCAGGUGUCGCUAUGUAGCCAGAGCGUCACUCGGGACAAGCAGUUUCAGAGCGGGGACGGCGGCAACCAGGUGUUCACGGGACACAGGAACCUGGUGACUUGCCUCUCAGUGUCGAUGGAUGGGACACUCCUUUUGUCAGGGUCACAUGAUGAAACGGCUCGACUUUGGGACAUUCAAAGCAAACAGAGCAUCCGCUGCCUCACACACAAAGGUCCAGUGACUAACGCUGUGAUCAUGCUGGCCCCUGCAAACAUGUUCCUGCCUGACAGCCGCCCUUCGCUGCCUCUUCCGCGCUUCAGUCGUCAUGUUCACGGCAGCGAGGGUGACGCCAGCGAGUCCGGGGAGCUCUGUGUGCGCCUCGGGCUCUACACACAGGAGGAAGAUGAAACCUACCUACAGAAAGCAGCUAAACUCAGUUCUUUAAUGAAUGCUGUCACAGAUAAGUCUGUGUUUGGUGACGGUGAGAACACAAAGGUGCGAGUGGCGGAGCUGGAGGAAGAGGUGCAGACUCUGAAGAAGGUCAAUAAGGAUCUGUAUGACUUUUCUACACAGCUGCUCACCAAGCCUGCGUAGAAAUACUCCAUUCAUACAACACAGUAUACACACAGCCACGCAAACACAUGUAGAGGUGGGCAACAAACAUCAGUAAUAUCAGGAAUGUUGUUUUGGAGCUAUACAAAAUUUGAUACAAAACUCGGUAUAUUGUUACUCAUCAGUUUUCAGGUAGUCAAAAGUUAAAACAACUGAGAUUUUAACACACCAAAUACAAAAUUUUGCCUUUUUUCAAAGUAUUCUGACACCAGGGACUGAUAAAUGUAUUUACCAGCAGCUUAUUGGGUUGUUCCAAGAUUCCUGUUUACUUUUUGACGUAGUAUUCACUAAUGCAUCUCUAUUGAUGUUUUGCACCGCUGCAACAAAAAUGGCAAAUUUCGUAAAUAACUUCUUUUGCUUUUAGACGUUCGAUCCUGACCUCUGUAUGGUUUAUUCUUAAAACUCACAAUGCUGUAAAGAGAGCUAAUUUAAGGAAAAGUGGAACAAAAGCAUCUUGUUAUCUUCCAAAUAGGGGAAAAGUGUGUUUUUCUGCAGGUGAUUUUAAACUUCAUCGGAUACAAACAGGAGGUUUUAGCAUCUCUGUGUUGGUUUGCUUAAAUAACACUUUUUGUAAAUAUUGCCCAUUGCUACACACAUUUAACUUUGUUUAGUUCAACAAUGAAACACAACUUUGACCGAAAUGGCUCGUUCUCUCCUCUGUUGUUUUUGGUCAAAUCCCUUUUGAUAAGAAAUAAAAUGGCCUGGUUUUCA